CACGCGUUCACUCAUGCGACGUUCUUCCUUUAUGUCACUUGCUUGCUAUUCCUUAGAUGUGCAUGAAUGGAGACUGCUUUUGUGCGAGUGGUGGACUUUGUUGGUUACUAUAAAGCUGAAUGAUACUGGAUAUCUCCUGCAGUCCUGAUGAUGCUUCUUCUCUCUAUCAUAUUCAUUUUCUGCAUAUAUCGCGUUCUGUCCCGGCUCAUAUUCCAUCCUCUCAGAGCGUUUCCUGGGCCAAAAAUUGCCGCGCUCACAUCGUGGUAUGUAGCGUACUGGGAGACGAUCCGAGAUGGAAUGCUCACCAAAGAAUUGGAGCGUCUUCAUCGCAUUUAUGGUCCAGUGGUCCGUAUAUCGCCUAACGCUUCUAAGCUACACUUCAAUACUCCCAGAGCCUUCUUCUCCAUAUACUCCACUCAGGCGAACGUCAUAAAGGACCGGAACUUCUAUUGGUGCUUCCAUGUUAACGACUCCGUGUUCGGAUUCACCGAUCCUGCUUUAGUGAAAAAGAGGCGGGAUAUCCUCAAUCCCCUCUUCUCACGCCGAUCGAUCAUGAAACUGGAGAACAUCAUCCAAUCAAAGGUUGAUACAUUGAUGGGCAUCCUUAGUGAAGAAUAUCGUGAAAAACCUGUCGACCUGCACCAAGCCUUCAAGGCCACAGCUAUGGAUAUCAUUACAGCAUACUGCUUCGCCCAAUCAUUUGAUGCGCUCCACUCCCUGGGCUUCGCUCAUCCCAUCAUCCGAGGUAUGGAAGCCUCCGUAGCCACCAAUACCGCCGUACGCCACCUCCCUAUCCUCGUACUUUUGUACAGCCUCCCAGAAUUCGUGAUGGCCAUGAUAAACCCAGAAUCGGUAGGCAUCUUCAGGCUGCAAAAGGUGCUCGGGAGACAGAUUGAUAAGAUCCUGGCUGAUCCUGGAACUCUUGAAGCAGUUCAUGAUACGAUUUAUCAUCGUUUGUUGGAGGAUGGGGAGAGGCCAUCGAGGAAAGCAUUGUUGGAGGAGGCGCAAACGCUGAUCCUUGCGGGGACUGAUACUACGAGCAAUGCGAUGACUAUGGGUUUCUUCCAUAUCCUCACUGACCCUUCGAUGCGAACGAAGCUUGUUGCAGAGCUGAAAGCUGCCUGGCCGGAAAAGGGAUUGCGCAUGUCAUAUGAUUCUCUUGAGAAAUUGCCCUACUUGACGGGGGUCGUGAAGGAGUCGCUGAGGAUGAGUAUCGGCGUGCCCGUUUCCCUUCCUCGGGUGUUAUGCGCCGAUACGGAUAUUGAUGGGUAUUCGGUUCCUGCAGGGACUGUCGUUGGGAUGGGGACUUCGUUCGUCCUAAUGAACGAGGAUAUGUUUCCGGAGCCAGAGGUCUUCAACCCAGAUCGGUGGAUCGAAUCGCCAUCGUUGGAUAAGUAUCUCGUACCGUUUUCCAAAGGUCCUCGAGCAUGUUUGGGUAUGAACCUUGCAUGGUGCGAGCUCUAUCUCGUGUUCGGGAACCUUUUUCGAAAAUUCGACAUGGAAAUAUACGAGACAAACUCAAAAGAUUUAUCAUUCCGGAGUCAUUUUCUGCCCAUAUUUUGUGGCCGACAUUUACAUGCUACCGUUCGAGAAUAUCAAUAG